CCAUUAUCGUAGCGUCAUCGCAUUACCCGCUCUCACAUUGCUAUCUUGAAUUGCUAUCUGAGGUGGCUUCUUCCCAGCCCUACCUUGUCUUACAGGUGUUGCACGAGCUGCUUGACAACGAAGGCAAAGUGCAAGGGUGGUCUUGGCUUCGGUUCAUGUCGCGUGCCCAUCUUGGAGCGACGAACAAUCCAUCAAGUCUAACUGUAGGUCCUGGAUGUGUCCCCGCUCUGAAUCUGCCUGGCAUUGCCUUACCUAGCAUUUGCCUGAAUAUAUUGUCUCUGCGAUCUAUGCCUGGUUACGUGUUGACUACUGUCAGGUUGGCUGUCGUCGUAAGCUCUUGCCUGCAUCACUGUCGAACAGGCUCACUCUUCGUCGUAAACGAAGCAUUUGCCUGAGUCACCUCCCCGAGACGAGGAUGACAAUGCAUGAACAUUCUGUCAAGAGACUGUUCAUAUCCAUAAUAUGCCUCACGCUACUUGCAACCACGUUCCGACGAUACGUACUUGACAUCGGCGAUCCUUUCCACUGCGCGGCACUACUAAAUGAAGGUCAAUGGCUUGAUAAGCCUUCUCAGCGUCCACCAAGGCGCGCAUUUCAAAAUUGGCAGCCUCCGGGAUGUCUCUUGCAUGAAUAUAUCGGCGCAGAUAUCAAGACCUGCGCAGGAAAUCGAGAACUGCUGUUUGUUGGCGACAGCAAUGUUAGGCAGCUGUUUUGGACUGUCGCGAAAAAGCUGAACCAUCACAACGCAAUUGAGAUGGCCUCCGUCGCGACAAGACAUGGAGACAUACAAUAUCAAGAGGGUGGAGUGAGUCUGCGAUUCAUUUGGGAUCCAUACUUGAACGGAUCCGUCCUAGCAAACGAGUUGGAGAUUUACAGUGAAAACGUCGGUGCAGGAUUUUCUAGAGCCGGCAAGAAGAAAGGGGAGAUAGAGCAGGAUGUUGUCUUCCUCGUGCUUGGCGGUGGGUUAUGGCACGCGAGACAGUUCGAAACCGAAGAGGCCGUGCGCAGCUUCAAAAACAGCGUCAACAAUAUAAUUAUGUAUACACAGCGAGAUCCAGGCAAAGAGUGGAAAGCGCAAGAUCCUUUCAGUGGCUACGAUGGCGUUGGGGAUCAGGUAUUCUUUUUGCCUGUUGAAGUUCCGGUCUACGAGCGACUGAGCCCUGCCAGACAGCAGACCAUCAUGCCGGAGGAAGUGAACCAGAUGAAUGAGUAUCUACGAAGGCUCACCCACGAACAAGGAUUGAUAAUCCCAUGGGUUAAUCAGGUUAUGACGGGGACAAUGAAGUACGCGUAUGAGCAGUCUGGUAUUCACGUCGUCGAGUCGAUUGCAAAUAGGAGAGCCGAUAUCAUCUUGAACUUCCGAUGCAAUGCCAAAAUUGACAACGCAAUUGGUAGUCCAUACGAGAGAACAUGUUGCAGCAAGUAUUCAAGCGGAAAUUGGUUUCAAUGGUUCCUCAUUGCAACCAGCCUCAUUGUGCUACCAACAAUUACACUGCUACCGAGAGCGAACAGGUUGGAAGCAUCAGCGGAUCUUCGUUCGAUUCUGCCUCCACUCACUGUAAUUGGACUCGCAAUGGCGUACAGCUUUGUUGCCGAUCGAUCACAGCUAUUCACCAAGGCUCGCAAGGUCUACCAUUUGUCCGAGUUGGUCAUGCUUACGAUGUUUGCCUUCGCCGUUGGUCUUCUCACCAUAAGAAAGACUAAAGAAGCCCAGAUGCGAAGAUCCUCGACUAAGGAAGUGUUCGUUACAAUGGGCCCUGCGUUUCUCUCGAGGGAGCAAACGGACGAGUGGAAGGGCUGGAUGCAGAUUAUUGUGCUUCUGUACCAUUGGACCGCUGCUGACACGCAGCUAUCUUUCUACAUCCUUCUUCGUCUUGUAAUAGCCAGCUAUCUAUUCAUCACGACCUAUGGCCAUACGAUGCAUUUCUACCGCCAGCAGGACUAUACUUUGCGUCGCCUCGCAGACGUAAUCAUCCGUCUGAACUGCCUUCCAGUUCUGAUGAGCUACCAGAUGUACAACAAUUAUCUUUUCUACAUAUUUCCGCCACUGGCUACGUUCUGGUUCCUUGUCACAUUUGGAACGCUACGAUUUGGAGCUGAGCUCAACGGGAAGCCAGGAUUUUUGCUGGCAAAGCUUGUCCUUUCUGCAAGUUUGAUCUAUCUAAGUCACACGCACGCAGAGCCCACGGAUACGAUCUUUGGUGUGUUCCGGUGGAUCUUCAGCAUCAAUUGGAACGGAGGAGACUGGCGAAGAUUUGUUAUUCUUGAUAUCUAUGUUCCAUAUUUUGGUAUGCUGGUUGCACUACUGCACGUAUGGUACCAAAAAGCGGCGAACUCAUCCCUGAAAGGCCUCGAUCGGGAUGAGCGAUUGGCGACAUCAUUGCUCCUUGCUGCUGUUGAAAAACUUCGACCCUGGGUCGUGGCUCUUAGCCUCGCUGUGCUGCCGAUAUUUAGCCUCCUUGUUAGCAGGUCACCAGAUCAGAAUGACUUCAAUUGGUGGGCCGCUUGUAUAUCACCCCUCCCCGUGUUGUCAUAUGUUGUCCUGCGCAAUGCACACCCGUUGCUCAGGGACCACUACAGUAUAGCAUUUGCAUGGCUUGGAAGAUGUAGCUUAGAAACAUGGACGCUGUCGUACCAUAUACUGCGGGCAGCUGAUGGGAAGGGUGUCCUCGGCAUCGGACUCUUCAAUUCCGGUGACGGUAGUUUAUUUCCGUAUCGAUGGCGAGAUGCCGUUCUGAUCGUUCCACUCUUGCUGUGGACCGCGUGGCAAGUCUCAUGUGCAAAGAGAAGGCUUGCGGCUUGGUCCCUUAGCCAACCUGGACUAGGGAAGAAGUGUGUGGCGCUUGUUGCAGCACUGUGGAUCUUGAAUCUGGUUACUAGCUGAGUAAACUUGGAGACGCCUGAAGCCCAGACACGAUUAUGAUGUAAAGCGUUACGUGCUUGACGGUAUUAGGUUUCUAUUCUCCUCUCUUAAAGCCAUGUGCGUUGCGCAUAGAAUCUUCAGCUUUGCCGGACCUCAUCUCCGUGUCUACCGGAUCUUUGUUCCCGUUUUCGAUAAGCAUGGAUAUUGCUGUCUGGCAGAAGUACGCAUGUUAGUAAAUGAGCUGGGAAACAUCUACGGUAUGGUAUUUAAUAUCCGUGACCCUUGAAAUGACCUGCAGUCUUACUUUUCUUCGAGGGACUGCGUGGGUCUUCGAGGAUACACCACCAUUACUAGCAUUAUACACGGGAAUAUCGCGCGCGCUGCUGCUUCCUGUGGUCCAGAGUUCUUCUGUUGGCAAGGCUCAGGGUGGCAGACCCUCCUCAGCCGUAAUUUUGAUUGGUUGUGUUUUUAGCGCUCCCUACAUCCGCCCAUACCGGGCCGUGCAUCGGUAGAUCGGCUCCCUUUAGGAGGUUCUUUGUUUAAAGGCUUGCGGCACACAUUGCAUGGGGUUGUCACCCUCAUUACGCGGCAACUUCCAAGAAAGAGGGAACCCAACACAGCAAUAAGAAAAUGCCCUUAAUUUGAUGAAGAGGGCUAGAUACACGGCCUUAUGCAGGCCAGCGUAGUGAUUACAGUACUUCGUUCUUGAUCCAGAUGUUUGAAAAGUGCUGGAGCGGAAUGCCCCAUGUUAAGCCGCUCAGAACUCACUGAAUCUGGUCUAGCGGAACGAAAGAACAUGCGUUAGGUUAGCCGCGACGAAUGACCAGCAACCAAUGUCCUCUCUUUG